GGGAACGAACGCCCUUCUCCCCCUUCUUUAGACGCGCAAACCGAGUUCGUCGGACGCGGCCAAAGCCAAAGCCAAAGCCAAAGCGUCCCCGCGAGGCGCCUCCACGAGCUCGCGAGCGAGAAAGCGAGCGGGGCGGCGCGCGAGGUGGAGAGCGAGCGACGAACAAAGAAAGAACGGACCGGCGGUUCAGAAAGCCGGGUGCUUGCUCGCUUUCCGUCGAACGUGGAAGGAGGAAAAAUAAAGGAAAGUGGAGCGGAGGGGAAAUAAUCGAAAAAACCCUAAUCGAAGGCGAAAGGUUGCUUGUCCCAAUGGUAUGCAAGACUGGUUGUGGGAGAAUGGCUGCCAUCAUGAGGCUUCUCACUGUUGGAAGUUGUCCGGAAAUUACAACAGAAGAGGACACCUACGAGAAGAUUGCUUCUCGGACCAUACGUAAGGAGUUUUAUGAUGCAGAUGAGGCAAAUUUACUUGAAGAAGAAGAUAUGCAUGUAUUUGAUUGUAGACCACUGACAGAUCCCUUGCACCUGGUCUGUUGCAAUGCUUGUAAGAAGCCGGUCAAAGCCAGUCAAUAUGCAGCCCAUGCAGAGCGCUGUAGGUCAUUAAACUAUAUGAAAGAUGUUGCUCUGGAGCUUGAUGGUCGUUCUGGUCGUAAGAAGCCUCCAAGGAAGGGGAGAAAAAUAUUGCAAGCAACUAAUGGGACAUCAGCAUCGGUUGAUCAUACCAUAGUACUUGAUGCUUCUGAAAUGGAUAUUGGAGGCAGGGGACAUCACAAGAUACCAAAUGCAGGAAUGGGAGUACCUUGUAAUGCUCUGAACAGAUAUCAGAAGUCUAAGAUACCAAAUGCAGGAUUGGAAGUACCUUGUAAUGCUCUGAACAAAUAUCAGAAGUCUAAGGAGCAUCUUAGGAGGAAUGCUCCAGUUCCACUUGCUACCAAAAUUUACCACUUGCAAGGCAACAGUCAUCUCCGAUUAGAACUUGGCCAUCUAUAUCGCGAGGCAUGUGCAGAAAAGAAUGGCAAUGAUUCCCUAACACCAGAAUUAGUGCAGGACAAGGGUAUGAUGUCUACCCAAGUCUCAUCUUCUAAUAAAUUAUUGCAUGAGGUAAACAGGGAUGAUGUUCCUCAAAUGAAGGCUUGCAUAACUUCUGAUUAUCUAGUUAAAGUCCAGACCGAGCAGUGAUUAGAUUUCUGCUUUCUCCCAUGGGAAACAGACAGACAUACUCCUUGGCUGCUGUCUGGAACCAUGGUCAGAUUCUAACACAAAGUUCAGAACUAUUCUUGGGAACCUCAGGAGGAUUACCAUCGGCAGAUAGCUUUCCAAAUCAUUUCAGAGAGGACAGCUAUUCAAGACCUGAAGUAGUUAUGGCUUCAGUGGGGAUGAUGAAAACCAGAUAUCAUUCUGCACCAUAUGCAUAUCCUGCAAUCUCAGGUAGAAGAAAAUUUUUUUUCUCCUUUUUGUAUAGAUUCCUCAAUCUUUCAUGAUGAUAACAGUAAAUCUCUUACUAUGAGUAAAAUUUUGUGAAAUCAGGAGUUACAUACACAAUUACAUCUAUUACAUAGGUAUUCAAGUUCCUCUUACCAACACCACAGUUCAUUUCCUUUGUGGAAAUUCAUUUGUGUGGCAAGGUGUCAGCUUUUCUCCGUACGAAGUUGUCUAAUUUGUUAAGCAUGAUGAUAGAGUUAGGAUCUUUGGUUAAGUAUGAAUUUCAUUAUUAAUGCAUGUCUGUGGAGAGCCUUCGUGCACCAUGUAUGUAUGAUGAAAAUAGCAUACAAGAACAAACUCAUACCAUCUAUAUGUGAUUGAUUAAUGGUGAGAGAGUUUAUUUUAGAAAAAAAGAAAUAAAGAGAAGAGUGAAAAAAUAGUAGGGCAAGAAAAAGAACAUUUAAGACGAGGAAGUGCAAGAAGAAGAAAAGAUGGAAUUAAGUGGUAACCAAUAAGACCAUUUAGAAACCUAAUUCUAUGUUCUUUAAUAUAUGCUCUGCAGUUGCAUGAGCUUAAGUUGUGUGAUCAAGAAGAUUAAUCUUUUACCCAACAAGUAGGCUUUUUGUUUCAUGGUAAGUUCCUUUUUUAUCCAGAGAUGCCGUGGCCUGGAUUUAAGAGCCGAUGAUGCUAGGCUGAUAGCUGGCCUUGUAACAUUCUUCAACAUUCCAUAAUCAUGCAUCAUUCUUUAAAGUUGGACCGGAUAGAUGAGAUAAAGCUUGUUGAUAAUAAUUAUAUUAUAGGAUUUUUUGUAAAGCAUAGAAAAGAACUGCUUGUCUAAAUAAAGCACCACCACUGAUUCCUAAAAAACGCAUAUUCUUGUUUUUUUUACUCAUUAUAUCUAAACAAAAUGCCCAUCAACUUUUUGAAUGAUUUCCUAUCUUUUUCCAUCUCAAGCUGUGUCCUUUUUCAAUAAAAGAUCACUCUGUCCUGGUCCCCUUAUGUAAUCAAAAUGUCAUCCUUCAUUAGGAUUGUCAAAGCAUGAUGAUUUUUUUCAAAGGUCUGCUUUAGUAAGUUUCGGUCUUCUAAUAGUUGAGUACCAUUAUCUAUCCAAAGAAAAUGUUCAAGAACCUUAAUGGAAAUCAGAUUUUGGAUCAUGUUCCAUGUUGUUCUAUGCUGGCCACACUUAUCGUAUUGGGGCUGGUUUUGGUACCGGCCUUGCAUGUGUGCAGAGGUAAUUGUGUUUUACAGCCUAUAGAAUGAUACAAAAUGGUACUGCCCUGUACUGAACCCUAAACCUAAAGCCCAAUCCCCAAAACCAGACCUCAAAUCCUAAAAUGUAUACCCUGAACCAGUCUGAGCCAGCAAGGGUUUGUUUGUUGGCUGGGGAGUACUUAGAAGAUCCCCAUCUGACAUUACUGUAGCUGUGACAUUACUCUACUAUAGUGUUAAGCUACACCAUAAUUGUAUGAUAGGGUAACGUAGUUAAAUUGGAUCGCACUAUAUAUAUAUAUAGCUUUAGAUUAUUGUUUAAUGCAUGGACCAACUCUUAACAAUAUCAUGAAAUAAUUUAAAGUAACCUAAUCUGAAAAAAUACAAAAAAUGCUUGUGCUCAUGUCAUUGGUAUCAUGCCCACAGCAUGCAGCAUGUGCCAUGUCAAUCCCUGGUCAACAUUGGCAUGCACAGGUGGAGCCAGCAGGGGCAAAGGGAAGGCAAGUCCCCCCAUCCCCUGAAAAUAUGGAAAAAAUUAAAUUGGUAUUAUUAACAUUCUUUUUGGGGCCACACUCUUCAAGAGGCAAUAAUAUUUUUUGUUAAAUGAAUAACUAAUGGUUAAGAUAGAAGAGGUCUAUUUGCCUUCUACCAUAACUUUGAAGCAUUUAAGAUGCCAGUAGGCCCUCUUAUGUGUACAGGUAAUUAGCCAUAGUUGUAUCAUUUUUAGACAUAAGUUAAAU